UGGCUUGCAUUUAGCGUCCAAAAUAGUGUUAGCUUUGUUUACGCCGCCAUCUUGGAUGACUGUAUAUGCUUUUUUUUUAAUCCAGGAAGGAAAAUUAAGGAAGGGGUGCAGGAAAAUACGUGAAAUGUCCCAAAGGCGUGUGAAGCCAAUUAGCAGCAGGAAGUGCACACCAGACGAGGACGGACAGUCCAAGCAGACGCAGCAGUAGCAGCAGAAGAAGCCGUUAGCAAAAGCAUCAUGGAUGUUCUGAAGAAGGGGUUCUCCAUGGCCAAGGACGGAGUGGUGGCAGCCGCCGAGAAGACCAAAGCCGGCGUGGAGGAGGCCGCCGCCAAGACCAAGGAGGGGGUGAUGUUUGUCGGAAACAAGACGAUGGAGGGCGUGGUCACUGGCGUCAACACAGUGGCCCAGAAAACAGGCGAACAAGCUAACAUCGUAGCCGACACUGCUGUUUCGGGGGCCAAUGAGGUGGCCCAGGCCACAGUGGAGGGCGUGGAGAACGCAGCCUUGGCGAGUGGAUUCGUGACUGUGGAGGAGGCGGUGCCAGUGGCUGAGGAGUCUGACGCUUCAAAAGCAGAAGAAGGAGACGAGACCGAGCAAGCUGCUCAGUAGUCGUGUUGGAUCGUCCACAGUGGAGAAGAUGAGAACGCUAGAACUUUCACUGCAUUUGACCUCUGACCUAUUACUAUCAGCAUCAAACACACUUUUCUGCAGAAACGGAUCGAUCGAAACGUUAAUGCUGUCGACCAUCUAGGGCGGUGGGGAAUGACAUCACUCACAGAGUUGGCCCCGCCCCCAUCAGAGAUGCCUUUUGCAUGCAUUCUGCUUUGCUGACAAGUGAAACAUCUGCCGUUAUCUUAGCUUUAGUGCUAAUUUCUUUUAUAUAACAAUAGAAACCAAAUAAAGUAAACAUUAAC